AAAUAGGAAAGUAAGAGCAAACAGAGAAGCUCGUUAUCUUGUGUUCCUGAAAAUUGUGAUGCAAGGAAAGGGGACACAAAAGGGUGCAUCAGGAACGAGCUCUUGAAGCAAAAACCCAUCAUGGAUUUGCGCCGAAUUUUCUGGGUAAUCCUUUUUACAGCUGCGAUUUCGCUGGCCUGUUGUCCAUCUACUGCGAUAGCCGGUGAUAUACGCCAAGAUGACGAAAAUGCUCCCAAGAAGCCCGGUUGUGCGAACGAAUUCGUUCUGGUCAAAGUUCAAACUUGGGUUAAUGGUAGCGAGUAUGAAGAAUUUGUUGGCGUGGGUGCCAGAUUUGGCACUACCACAUUUUCAAAGGAGAAGAAUGCAAGCGGAACUCCCCUUACUCUUUCUGAUCCUCGUGAUUGCUGUAGUAAACCAAAAAAUGAGGGUUCUGGAGAUGUCUUCAUGGUGGACCGGGGCAAUUGCACAUUCACGGCUAAGACAAAUUAUGCUGAGGAUGCUCAUGCAUCAGCCGUUCUCAUUAUAAAUAACCAGAAAGAACUUUACAAGAUGGUUUGUGAACCAAACGAAACUGAUCUAGUUAUAAAAAUACCUGCUGUCUUGCUUCCAAAAGAUGCUGGUGCAAGCUUGGAGGAAAAACUACUAAAUGGUUUAUCAGUGUCUGUGCACCUUUACUCACCAGGGAGACCAGCAGUUGAUGUAGCUGAAGUGUUUCUAUGGUUGAUAGCAGUUGGUACCAUCAUAUGUGCUUCUUACUGGUCCGCAUGGUCUGCAAGAGAGGCAGCUAUUGAACAGGACAAAUUGUUAAAGGAUGCUGUAGAGGAUAUUCCAAAUGAAAAACUAUUAGGCACUGGAGGUGUCAUGGAGAUCAAUACAAUAUCAGCAAUCCUCUUUAUUGUUCUUGCUUCUUGCUUCUUGGCUGUGCUAUACAAAUAUAUUAACUCUAAGUUUGUUGAGGUUUUGGUGGUUCUUUUCUGUGUAGGAGGUGUGGAGGGAUUGCAAACUUGCUUGGUUGCUUUGUUAUCAAGGUGGUUCAAGCGUGCUGGAGGGUCAUACAUUAAAGUACCUGUCUUAGGAGCUGUUUCACACCUUACUCUGGCUGUUUCUCCAUUCUGCAUAGCAGCUGCUGUUGUUUGGGCUAUUAAACGCAAUGACCCCUUUGGUUGGAUAGGUCAAGACAUACUAGGAAUUUCAUUGAUGAUCACGGUUCUGCAAAUUGUCCACGUACCUAAUCUCAAGGUGGGUACGGUUCUUCUCUGUUGUGCCUUCUUAUAUGACAUAUUUUGGGUGUUCAUUUCAAAGAAGUUCUACCAUGAAAGUGUGAUGAUUUCGGUAGCUCGUGGUGAUAAAACUGGAGAGGAUGGCAUUCCUAUGUUACUAAAAAUCCCACGCAUGUUUGAUCCAUGGGGUGGCUACAGUAUUAUAGGAUUUGGGGACAUCCUCUUACCUGGACUGCUGAUAGCAUUUUCACUCAGAUAUGAUUGGUUGGCUAAUAAGACUCUUAGAGCUGGGUACUUCUUGUGGGCAAUGUUUGCUUAUGGAUUGGGUCUUCUUAUUACAUAUGUUGCACUGAACUUGAUGGAUGGACAUGGUCAACCAGCGCUGCUGUACAUUGUCCCAUUUACACUAGGAACUUUUCUGACUUUAGGAAAAAAGAGGGGUGAGCUGAAAAUUCUGUGGACAAGAGGAGAACCAAUAAGACCCUGUCGCCAUAUCCAACUCCAACAAAGUGAGGAACAGAACCAGGAAAUGUAAGAUGAAACCUGUAAUUAUAUUGUAGGGCUGAUAACAAAUGGUUGACUACCUGUUAACUCAUUGAAGAUGUAGUGUAACAUCAAUAUGUUGUAUAAAACCUUGUGCCCAGUUAAUUGACCCGAGGGCUGUGUUAUGAAUUCAGUGUUCUAAACUUGAUUCCAGAAUGCUGGAAGCCCCCAUGAUUGAAUUCUGAAACAUGAAUGGGUCAGAAUCAGAGCAGAGCAAAAUAUUCCAGGACUAGGAGUCAUUACUUUCUUUUAUGAUGGAACACUUAUUAUUAUAUUUUUAUUUACUGUGAGGAUAUUCUUAGAUAAAUUUUUGCACAUGUU